UGAGGGUCACAUGCAGCCAAAUUGUUCUUCUUAAUAUUUAAAUGAUUGGAAUUUCUCCGUCGCCGGAGAGGCGCCGCCAAAUCUCUCUUUCGUGCUCUUUCAGUCAAGUCAGUUCAUCGGGGCUCAGAUCCCUUCAGAGGGCAACUCUCCAGAGUUUCUCGAGAACUAUUAGGGUUUGUAGCUAAGUCCGCUUUAUCUUACGCGCAAGAUUUCAAAAAAAGACUCGACUUUUCUUCAUGUCGUCCAUUUCCUUCUGUUUCGGUGCGAAAAUUUGAGGCGGAGAACUUUUCUCGGCGGUGGAUCGGUGAAGCAGUGGAAACUUGAGCUGCUAAUGCUAUUUUACGGGCGCUAUUUCGGAGAUAUAAUAAUUAGAGGCUCAAAUGUCUUGGGCAGGCCUGGAAGAACUCUUUCUGUCCACUUCUCUCGCCAGUUAUCUUGAUAAGAAACUCCUCGUCGUAUUACGAGAUGGAAAGUUACUCGGCAUUCUUCGAUCUUUUGAUCAGUUUGCAAAUGCUGUUCUGGAAGGGGCCUGCGAGAGAGUGAUUGUUGGAGAUCUUUAUUGUGAUAUUUCUCUGGGUCUGUAUGUGAUUCGUGGAGAGAACGUAGUUUUGAUUGGAGAGCUGGAUAUUGAGAGAGAUGAGCUCCCUCCGCACAUGAUAAAUGUUUCACCUGCAGAGAUAAGAAAGGCACAGAAAGCAGAGAGGGAUGCCACAGAUUUGAAAGGCUCCAUGCGAAAAAGAAUGGAGUUCCUUGAUAUGGACUAGAAAACAACAUUUCUUCUUUCACCCUGCUUUAUGAUGAUGUCCAUAAGCCAAACUUUUAUGACUCUUCAUAUAUUAUUGAUCUGUGAUUCUACGAAGGGGGCCCAUUUGUUUUUUUAUUUAUUAUUACUCUUUUAGAAAAGUAUUCGCUUGUUGUCUAAUUUGGGGAAUAAUAUGAAUAUUUUACUUUAUUUGGGGUACAAUGUUAGAAUUAUUGGUAUAGGUACUGUUUGCUUGUACAUAACACUAGUCUUAAAUUUUGAGGCAUUUGUCCACC